GUCUCCACGCCGUCCGACCUCUUUUCUUCUGCGAGGCCUUGUCCUCCGCGAUAUUACUUCUGCGCGACAUCUAUGGUCUCGCACUAAGUCCCGCUCCGCUCCCUAUCUCGCAAUUCUCUCUGCACUUUAGUAUCUCCUGCCCCUACUACAUCUGGGCGUAAUCUCUACCAUUGCCUCCUAUGACUGCCAUUCCUGCUCCUACGAUUGUUCUCUGCAAGGAGGAGUGGCCCGACGCCGAUUUUGACUUUCCCGAUGGCGACCCCAUCCACACCUCUGAUGCCGAGUCGGACAAGGAGGAUGCCGACGAGGACUGGGACCUCGAGAUGGACCUCGGUAAGACAGGCGGCGCAAAGGCACAAUCUGUCCGCGAUGCCAUAGCAGCGCGCAUGGAUGCCUCGCGGACACCCUCCCAAAUGUUCACCAUUCGACCACCGCUCCCUACCACACCUGACGACGAAGACGAUGAGGGCGUCUCCACCAUCAAGGUCGCACAACUCCCCAAAGUUUCUACCAGACCGCCCCCACCGCCACCUAUUGAAGAGGAUUUCGAGGACGGAUUUGCUUUGCCCUCGGAUCUCACCCAACUGUCCUUACGUCCAGUCUCACACCGCUCCUCAAAGGGCUCGCUCGAAUGGGGCGACAAAGACCAGACGUCCUCAUCAUCUCAAUCCUCAGACGCAUACUCCACCCUCGGGUUUGGUGACAAUGCUUCAUCCUCAAAUUACACCUCAGCCUCCCUCCCGGAGACGGAGACGGAAGAGGAGGACGAUGAAGAGCACGAACUCGACGGCCUAGUGAUUCCCACUGGUCUCUUCGAGUCUGGCUCGAGCGCGAAAAAGCUCGCCAAGAUUCUCGAGACGAAGAAGAAAACCGUGUUCACUGACGAACGGAUCAAGGUGGCGAGCCCCGAUCCGGAGGAUGAUUAUGAGAUCGGCCUCGUCAUCAACCACGACGUCGAACUUAGUCCAAGCAGACUACUCCAGAAUGCACAGGGCACGAAGCGAUUCACCGUGUCCAGCAUUCGCAGCAAGAGCGCCCCGCCACGGCCGCCGGCGGGCGUGCGCCCACCGUCGCGCCUCAAGGGCGAUCGCGCGAAAUCUCCAAACAACCCUCCCGUAUCGUCCGCGAACCAGCUCCGCAGACUUGCGGCGCCGCCAUCACCGCCCAUCGCUCGUCCUGGGCCAGGGCCACGGGCACAAACCUACAGCCAGGCCGUUACCUCCAUUCCCCCGCCCCCCUCUUCCCCGCCGAGCUUCCUCGCACCGAAGCCGGGAAGCCUGCGCGUGCAGAAGUCACACUCUGGCCUGAAGCCUGUGUCACCAACGACAUCGACGCGCCACCUCGGCCGCAAGGCUUCACUGCCCUCGCUCUCCGAGUCGACGAACCAGGCCCAGGCGUCAGGUUCUGGGCAGAGCGUCGGCUUUGGUGUGGGUCAGGCAGGCUACGUCGCCCAGACCGCGUCGUCGCGCGCGAAGAUGCACACCACUUACUCGACGAGCCGAAUACAUGGCUUCGAGUACAACGUGCCUCCGACUCGGCCAUCGACGCCAUCAUCUAACCCCGCUGCGCUGCGCCUCACGAUGCCGACGUCGUCGUCACGCCUCAAGUCGCGCACGCCGAUCACUUCAGUUUUCCCCGCGCCCCUGAGUGCUGUGACCCCGCCGUCCAUACGCUCGCAGUCGCCGUUGCCGCCGACACGUCCCCCAUCCGCGACGUCAAAACCGCGGCUGGGACACGCGCAGACGCAGAGCCUCCCGCUGCCCGCGCCGAAAGUCCUCAAACGACCGAAGCGGCAGCGGACGUAUGGCGACGGGACAGAGCUGGAUGGCUUCGACGACCUCCCGCUUGACCGUGAGAAGGAGGGCCGCUUCCGCGUGCAGCCCAAGGGCCAUGGGAACCGCAUACCUGGGGCGAGCUUCUCGAAGGCCUCACUUUCCAAUGCGAGUGCGGACCCGCCUGCUGGUAAGGGUACUCUGCGGCGAAAGACAAAGCGAGAUGUAUCGGGUGGCAGCAUAGAAUUGUCAAAGGCGGCUGGUGCCCCUGCAAGGACACUCAAGCGUACGGCGCGCAUAGAGUUCCCGACAAAAACUGACGCACUCCCUGCUCCUGAGCCGAUGAAGUCGUCCGACGCUGAACCCAGCGCGAAACGGAAGAAGGGGGUAGCUUCACCGUUGCAGACGCGGAGAAAGCCCACUUUGAUUCGGAAUCCCGGCGGCGCCAGUGCACCAAAAGUCGUUGGAGAAAUGAAAUGGAAUCCCACCACGCUACGCUGGGAAGGGAACGACCAAGCGCUCCGCGACUUCGAUGCAGCUGUGGGCUCGUCGACCCGACCCGCACUCAUCACGCACCUCACGGGCUCAUCUAUGGGCUCCCCUGUCGGCUCGUUCGCUGCCGGAGCGCGUGUCGUCGGCAACAUGAUUUUCGAUCCCUCGCGCAUGUGCUGGAUCUCAACCCUCCCGCCGGACGAAGAGGAGCCGGACGUCUUCGCGGACCUCGCCGACGACGAGGACGACGAUUGGGAGGCAAAAGGCGGCACGAUCCGAGCCAGCCAGCAGCAGCAGCAGCAGCAGCAGGGCAACAUGUCUAGCACGCCAAGUGGCGAUACCACGACGCGCACGGAGCCGCCAAGUCCCGCACGGAGCUGUUCGCGCACACGUUCGGGCAGCGAGAGCGACCGGUGUUCGCGCGCGUCGAUGGUGUGUGACGUGGACGACUCGUUCGUGGAGAACUGCCGCCUCGCGCAGGAGCGGCAUCGCGCGGAGAUGAAGGGUUGGCUGUCGCUCUCGCGGGCCAACGCGAACGCGGAGCCGGAUCGGUCGUACCUAUACGACAUCCGUGCGCUCGCAACGCGACAGUACUGAAGAUUUCUCCUUUUCUUUUUCCUAUGACGAUUUUCCUCUGUUUCAUGACGCUCAUGAUGGUCUCUCCUCUUGUUCGCUUGCUUAUAAUCUUUUUAUGGGUACAAAGGUUCAUUUUUCCUUUUAGUUUGAUACCAGCCCACCCCAUCUCCCCCACCCUUUCACCACCUGCCCCCCCAUCUCUUCUCCUUCGUGUGCUGUCUUGCUUUGAUUUCUUUGGCUUGGUCUCGUCUCACUCUCUACCGUAUCAUAUCUCGAUGUGUAUGUUGCAGCAAUGAAUAUGGAAAGUAUGGUUCA